AUGGUCGUAUUUUGCUCUCUCCCUUCAGACGAUUUUAUGAGAGGAUCUUCGUUUGACGUAUUCGGCGGCAUGAUAUCUAUGAAUAGCGAACAGGAAGAUUGGAAGAUAUGGUCUCGCGAAAUCCUUUUUCGCGCUUUGACGAUUCGCAAUGAAGAGCGCAUAGCGCAAGGUGCCUCGCAUGGUCUGGGUCGGUAUGGACAACGUAUCCUGCGUAUGGACAGCCCUUCCCUUGAAGGUGUGAAACUGUCCUACCACGGUCAUCCAGCAAUGCAGCAGAAUGGGAAGUUCCCAUAUCCCGCCUCUUCUCUAUAUGUCACAAGAGAUGGAUUGAAGGAGCUAUUCGAAGCCGUCCUUGAGGGGCGAACCCCGUCGAGCUCGGAGGGUAUAGUGUGCGGCCCUGAUAAGCCAGAGAACGGUGAAAAAGAAGACAUUAAGAUCCGGGCAUCAAAACUGGAGUGCAAGGCUAUCCGUGAAGUUUGGAGUGACAAGGCAUAUGCCUACAAGAUCGUUGACUCUCCACGAAGCCCAGACGUCAGCGAUUUGGAUGAAUAUGUAAUUGUUGUUCGCACACGCAUCGAUCGGAAGACCCGGGAACCCACCGUGUAUGUUGAUAUCAAGUCAGUCGGGUUGCGUGAUAUCAUCAGGACCGUGCUACGAGAAGUCAGAACGGCCAGCCUGGAUGAAGAUAAGCCUGUGGUCGAGCGGAAUGUGCUGUACCACUUCCUUCCUGAGCUGGAAGCCUACCGGGAGUCCGUAACAGAUGAAGAAACAGCUACCCCCGAAUCACUGAAGCAUCUCGACCUGUUAAUUCUACACCUUCAGGAAGCAUACAAGUCUACUGCUGAGCGCCUUUGUUCCCUCCUCAGCCGCAGGAAGAUCACCUAUGACCUGCUCUGGGCCUUGUUCAGACCGAAUAUGCCGGUAUACACGACCUGCCGCGGCACCGGUAAGCCGAGGUGCGUCGCAUACAGCUUUGGAGGGGAAAAGACGACACCACAGGGGGAGGAGUAUUUUGAGCUCCAAAGCCGCUAUUUCGACUUUGACGGGAAAGUAUUCGGCGAGGCUGUUGAGGCUUUGGCCAUCAAUAAAUUCCAUGGAGUGAAACGAAUUGAGAACCUACCUGCCUUUCCUCUUGUAUACCACCCUGAAGAUAAUAUCAGGGAGCGUCUUAUCGCAUCCGGUCGAACGUUCGUUUCUAUGCUGGGUUCUCACUAUUGCCAAUACGACGGGACCGCUUUCUUUCAACAAAAGAACGACCUGAUCCGAGUUCCCGUCAACGGAAGGAUCAUGAUUGACGCCCCUUGUUUCCGCAACGUGAACCCCAACUAUCCAAGGCUGCAGACCAUGAAACCGGAGGUUUUUGAUCCGUGGAGCGGGGCGACCAAAAACAAAUCAGUUUCUCGAGUCAGGAGUAACGGGAUGAAUCCAACUGAGAUGGAGGAAGACAACUUACUCAUCUGCAGUCCCACCUUGCUUGGGUUUUCUCUUUUCAAUAAACUCUGGGCGGAGUUUGCUGUGGCCGAUAUCAGCGACAUUGAGUUCUCGCCGUUGCCCUUCGACUCGCUCGUCAUCGACGAGGAAAAGAAACAGGUCGCCAUCGCCCUUGCGGAAAGUCGUGUAGAUCGGACAGGGAGGCCUGCGCUCAAUGAUAUUAUCAUAGGGAAGGGCCUAGGUGUCAUCUUCCUGUUGCAUGGCCAUCCUGGUGUCGGAAAGACGCUGACCGCGGAAGCAAUCGCCGAACGUCAAGAACGGCCACUCUAUUCAAUUUCUGCGGGAGAGUUGAGCUCGGAAGCUGCGGUGUUGGAAGAACAGCUCACUCGAAUCUUUCGAAUCGCCAGCUUCUGGAAUGCGAUUCUCUUGCUUGAUGAAGUGGAUGUGUUUGUGCAGAAACACUGUCCUGUCCAGCUGGAGCGGAACCGCCUGGUGUCCAUAUUUCUCUCAGACGCCGAGAUCGACGAGGAUGAUCUGAACAUAUUUGCGGAAACCAAGCUCAAUGGCCGACAGAUCAAAAACAUGAUCAAGCUGGCACACAGUCUUGCUACAUGGGAUAGAAAGCCGCUCUCAGCAGGUCACAUUCGAACGGCUCUAAAGGCGAAUGGUUUGUCGCCCCCAAGGCAUUUGCCGCUGGCGGCCUGGGAAACUCGAGCCAGCUAUUUGAUAAUCCACAUGCCACCAGGGCGUGCCGCCCAUGAAGUCCACUUUCCUGAGUAA